ACCUCCAACGCAUACACGAUCUAUCUAUCCACUUUUUCAAACUUCCUCCACUCCACCUACACCAAUCACCAUGUCUUUCCUCUUCGGCGGUCCCCCCAAGCUGUCCUCGGCAGAGAAGAUUGCUGCCGCAGAGACCGAAGUCGAGAUGAUCUCCGACAUGUUCAACCGUCUCACCGAGUCCUGCACCAAGAAAUGCAUCCCCAACGACUACCGCGAAGGCGAGCUGAACAAGGGCGAGUCCGUCUGCCUCGACCGCUGCGUCGGCAAGUUCUUCGACGUCAACAUCAAGGUCAGCGAGAAGAUGCAGGGCGAUGCUGCCAGCAGACAGGGAGGUAUGGGCAUGCAGAUGUAAAAACCUCUCUCUCUUGGUGAUGUGGGCUUGUACCGAUAGAGGGCCCAGUGUAUAAUGUAUUCUUUUUUCCCUCUUCUUUUUUUUCUCUCUUGCUUGCUUGUCUUGUGCUUGAGUCUCCACUCGGUUGGUUUUCGGUUUGUUGGUUUUUCGUUGUAGAUCGGUCUGCGGGUGCAAAUCACGAUACGAUACAUUACUGUUGGUUUUAGGUGGCCUUAAAGGGAAUGUCAUAUGUGUGAUAUGAGGCGCGUGGUAUGCUCAUUGCGCGCAUAUCGGAUGUCGAUUCGAAUUAUAUAUGUACACUAGAAAUGAUAUACAAAAAAUGUAUGACAUGAACG